GGCUUCCCAUACAAAAUGUGACGUUGUCGUUAACGUUGCAGUUGACGCAUCAUAUCUAGGAAAAAGAUACUGCAGUCUAAAAGCCCCAUGCUUACUUGUGAUGUGAGAAAGGAUCAGGAAUGGAUAGAACUAACAGAAAAGAACUUCUAGAAACGGUGGAGAAGCAGAAGGAGGAAUUAGACCGAUACAAGGGAAGACUGAGAGACCUUGCUGUCGCGUACCGUAGCCUUGUGAAGGAGAAAGAAGCGUUAGAGGCCAGUGUGAAAGCAUUAACCACACCAAGUCAGAGCAGAGAUCCUCAAGCUUCCGCAGACACUGAAGAUGGUACUGGACAGGCUCAGAAUGAAGAUGAAGGCGGUGGGGAGGGUGAUGGAGGCAAUAUCGGCCAACUUCGUCAGCAGAUCACCACCCUCACGCUAUCACUGUCCACCGUCAGCGAACAGAAAUCAAAGAUGGAAACCAACUUUCAAGAUGACAAGAAGAAGAUGAGGCAAGAGCAAAUGGAUGCCCUUCAGAAAAUAAAUGAAGAGAAAGACAAUCUACAGGAAGUAGCUGAGCAACUCACACAACAACUUGCAGAGACGAAAGCUAAGCUGCGAGUCCAUCAGCAGGAGAGGGAGUCUGAUAAUCUAAACCACGCAGCCAUGAUGAGAGAGCUUCAGAACCUUGUCAGUAAAGAGAGAGCAGAGAAAGAAAAGCUUGAAAACAAGAUCUUUGAUUUAGAAGAAUCAAUAAUGCACCUCAAAUCAGCUCCAGAUAAAUCGGUCGAGUAUGAAGGUCACAUUGAACGGUUGUCUAAAGAACUUGGAAUGGUGAGGAAUCAGCUGUACGCAGCGGAAGAAGCGGCUCGUAGACCACCUCCUCUCCUAUUACAACUCCAGAAGGAUAUGGCUGAAAUGAAGGCCCAGCAUCGAAUGCAGAUAGACCUCGAACAGCAGAAAGCAAGGGAGACUGAGGAGAGAUUGCAGAAGACGAGAGCAGCGGAGGAGCAGAGGGUUGCGGACUUGGAGUCCAAGCUUUCUGAUCUAUCAGACACGGUUGGAACGUAUGACAGAGGCAGGCAACAGGACCAACAUGCAAUACAGAGAUUAAAAGAGCGCAUCGCCCAGUUGGACCUCGAAAACACUGCCCUAGCUAGGGCAGCAAACAAGUCUAACUCGAUGGCUAUAACCGAAGGGGAAGAUAUAGAUUGUGACGCCUCCGUAGCUGAGAUCAAAGAGAGGAUUAUGAAACUAAAAGGACUCCUUAAAUUGGCUUCCCAGAAAGCUGAGAAACCAGUUGAUAUUGAUGAUGUCUUAAACAUGGAUGAUUAUUCCAGUCGAGACGGCGACCCUAGCCACACAGCUUGCCAACAGGAGCUGAAGAGACUCAAGGAGGAAUUUGAAUCUUAUAAGACGAGGGCUUCCAAUGUUCUCAAGAACAGAUCAGCUAAGGAUACUACGCAUAAUAAGGAGUUAGAGCAGCUCCAAAGUCAGUUAUCAGAGAUGCGCGAGAGGGUCUCCAUCUUAAGACAACAGCUUGACGACGAGGAAGCCGCUCACAAACAAUCCAUCGAAGACUUCCAGCAGAGGGUCGCAAAGAUGAAGGACAAACACAAGGUUGCACUGACUCAGGCUGAAAAUGAGUAUAAGUUGAAGGCAGCGGACCUCGACCAGCAGGUCCAAAAGCAGCGUGAGCGGACCUUAGCCCUUCUCGCGGACAAGGACCAAGUCAUCCACGACCUCAAGACCCAACUAAACCCAUCUCAUUCCAGCCAACCUGUUUAUACUACAAGACGUCUUAAAAAAUCUAAAAGCCAUGAAUACUACAGUCCAGCCGACGAUGUACAAUCGGUAGCCAGUGAAGAUACUGUCUUAUCGGAGACGGAAGAAACGGUCUCACAACUUGUAGCUGCUCCAUCAACUCCUGGUCAGAGUGGGAGUUCCUUGCUUCACUUUGCCGAGGAGCAAGCCAGAAAGGAGGUGGAGCUCGCUGGAGUGAAGAGACAGAAGCAGCAAGUCGAGACGGCUUUGAGACAACUCCAGGACAAACAUGCCACUUCUAUGCAGAAUUAUCAAGAGGAGUUAGAGAAUCUCAGAGACGAAGUUGAUCGAUGGCAGAGAAAUAGGUCAAGAGAAGGAACCAACUUGGAAUAUCUAAAGAACGUUGUCUUGUCCUAUCAUCAGAGUGAUAGCUAUUCAACCAAGAAACAAAUGUUUAGUGCCAUAGCUGCUAUUCUUCAAUUUACAAACAAAGAGAAAGAGGCUGUGAUAAAGAAACUUGGUGCUGCUUGGUGGGGAACCGGAUGAAACCAGUCUAGACUGCUUUGAACCAGUCACUCAUGGAUAGAACUGGUUUCUGGAACCAGUAUAAACUGCUUUGAACCAUGAACCUGCCAUCCAUGGAUAGAACUCUUUAUAAAAUCAGUAUAGACUGCUUUUAGCUAGCCACUCAUGGAUGAAAUUGGUCCCAAAACCAGUUUAGACUGCUCUGAGCUAGACAUCCAUGGUUAGAACUGGUUCUGGAACCUUUAUAGACUGCUUUUAACCGGCCCACGCAUGGAUAGAACUGGUUCUGAAACCAGUAAAGAUUGCUUUAAGCUAGUGCUUUUAACAAUGGAUAGAACUAGUUCUGAAUCCAGUAUAGACCUUACUGAGCACAGUGGUUGAUGGAAGGAACUGGUUAUGACGUGCACAACGACUUGCCUGAUUUCCAAAUGAUCUGAUUCCCAUAGCCUUCAUACAGGGGCCAAGAUGUUCCAGUUUGUAAGUAACCUACAUGUUCAGCUGGCAGUAAAAUGUAUAUUUAGAUCUCAGUAACAGGGUAAGCAUAUAUACAUAUAUAUAUUUAUAUGUGUCUCCAUACAACUCACCCGAUAGAGAAUAAUGACAUAUAGCCCUGUUUUUAUGAUUAUAAUUUUUAUUGUUGUUUUUAGAUUUUAAUUGUUAAAUGCUUGUUCUUUCAACUGUUGAUGAAAUUGUGCCAUUUGAUUGCCCAAGGGAAAUUUGGUCAGAGGAGUUAAGCUUUUACUGUGUGUUGAAGCAAAGCCUCCAUCAAAUUACAUCCACAAUUUGACCUCUAGUUAUCGACAAAUAGAACAUGUUUGAAGUAUGGAAGGCCAAAUGGGUUUCUCAGUUUACUUUUUUAUCUUAUUUUUUGUUUCGCCUGAACAAAGUUCGGUGGAGACCUAGUAAUCACUUUUUCUGUUGGUCUGUUCAAAAAAAGUUUUUGUUCAACUUGGUCUCAUUUCUUUAUUUUUGCAUCAAUUAUGUUGACACUUGGUACAUUUGAUCCUUGGGUAAUACCACAUGUGUGUCCGUGAGGAUAAUGUUGACAAAGGUCAUCUAAGGGUCAAAAGGUGAAAUGAUAUGAGGUCAUGUCCAUCCUUUUUUUUUUUUGAAUUUUUUUUUUCAUCUUACUCUGUCUUUAUAUCUACAUCAUUUGUGUUUAGAUUCAGAACAAAUAAUCUUUGGGUAAUACCAAACAUGUGUUUUUUAGGAUGAUAAGGUCAGAGAUCAUGUAGGGGUAAAAAUAUAUUGCAUUUUUUAUCAUGAAAUCAGGCGGGACUUGUGGUUCGUGAACCACCUUGUUCUUGUAAAGGGAUAGUUCAAGAAUGCUCCAUGAGAGCCCUUCCCCUUCUAUGAGCCUUCGGAUAUACUCUAUGUAUGUCUAGUCAAAAUUUUCAAUUUUUUAAAAUUAUUUUUGAAAUAUUUAUAUCUAUUCUACAUGUAUGAAUUCAAACAGUAAAAGCUUGUAUUAAAAUGCCAGUAUUUAAUAUGAUAAUUUGCUUUAACAGUAGUCAGUGAUGAAUAUGAGAAAAGAAAUUGUCAUUGUGCCUUACACAUGUAUAUGAUAUGGCCAGACUGAAUGGGUGCUCAAAAUAUAAUUUCUAAAUCACAAAGUAAACACUAUUAGCUGUAUGCAUAUUUAUCAUGGCUGUAUUCAGAUUAAAUAACAAUAUCAUGAGAGCGCCGUUAUUACAAACCAAUCAACAACAACAAUCAUAAUCAUAAUCAUGAUCACUGACGGAUCCAGGGGGCCCCGCACAGCCAGCCCGUGCCCCCCUUUUGAGAGGCACAAUCAAAAUUUGUAAUGUAAAUAUGCCUUUAUAACAGUUAGUGUGCCUCCCUUUUUAAAGCAAGGCCCUUUUUUUUUGCUUGUCAAAUUUGUUCAUGUAUGAAAUGACCUUCAAUUUUUUUUUGUCAAAUUUUCCCCGGGGAAAAUGUGCCCCCCCCCCCCCCCUUUUGAAAAAUCCUGGAUCUGAUCAUUUACUUUUCUGAUGAAGAAGUAGGGAAUGUCAAAUAUUUGAGUAACUUUAGAUAAACAUUUGAUUUGCAAAAAAAUGCAUUAACUUUUGGAUUUUUUUCAUCUACUGUAAUAUAUAUACAUUUACUUCUUUUUUUUUAUUCCAGAUGGCAGCACUCUUAGUGAUAUAUUUUGCAGGGGGAAACAACAGAUAUUGUGAUUAUUAUGGUUUAUGAAAUUCACUAGUAUCAUAUGGUAAUGGUAUUGUUUUAUAAUUCAUUUGUAGGCAGAAGCUGAAAUGUAGAUUUUUUUUCUUAACAGGAAUAUUCUACCCUUUUUAUAAUAUUUCGCAUAUAUAUUGGUUUGUUGAUACUCUAAUAAAAUAGCAUUCUGCUUGAAAUGAAUUAAAUAUAAUAACAUUAAAUUAUAAAGUGAUGGGUAGAGUUGUGAUUGAGUUUCAAAUUUUCAUUUCAGUCUUUAUUUCAGACCACUAUCAGGAAUUGAUUUGUAGAUUUAAACAGGUUGUGUAUAAGGGAAAUUGAAUCAGUAAUACAUAUUAUUUGUAAAGGCCUCGGCACACCUUAGGACUUGUCCAAGAUCCGAUUUUGGAACAAAUGAAAGAAAAAACAGAAAAAAAAUGUACUAUAUUAUAGUCUAUGCAUUGAAAACAUUAAAGAAGGACUUGUCAAUGACAAAUAGAAUCACUCUAAAUAAACAUACAAGUGAUUAAAUUCAUUUUAACAAAUUUCAUAGCAGCACUGUAGCCAAUAAACAGCUAGUGCAGAUGUUUCUUGAAAAUAAAGAUUAAAAAAGAGAAUUGGAAACUCUGUCAUGACUUGCCUCUGAGUUUUCUUCAUCGCUUUUUUAUAAUUACAUGUAUAAUUUAAAAAAUGAAACAAUAAUAAUCAAUCACAUUAUUAGGUAUUGCUGCAAAAAUUGUAAAUACUUAUAUAGACUAUAAAGUUGGAAAUGGUUUAAACGAUUGUUUUUUUUUUAAGUUUGAUGGAUUGAAAUAUUGAGACAUCAUUCCAGUGGUGAGGUGAACAAAUAUAUGUAGAUCAUGAACUUUUACCAUUAAGCACUGUGCAUAGAAGAUACAAAUGCUUCAUAUAGAAUUAUUAUUUAUUUAUUUAAAAUAAACGAAUUAGUUAUAUCGUAUAUUGUUUACAAUUUUUGUACACUCUUGAAAAUGUAAAUGUUUAGAUUAUACACAUUAAUGACAGAUAAUAAAAGUGCUUGUGGCUAUUUGAGAUGUAAGACCUAUAAGAAUCAUACAUUUAAAAUAAUGCUUAACUUAAGUCAGAUAACAUUAAUAACCUACAAAUGUAAUCAAUUCUGCAGAACAUUUACAUUUCAUGCCCAGGAAGUGAUUUAAAGAUUCUCUGAACUCAAACAGAUGGUUCUUGUACGUGGUCUCAAGUGAUUGAACUUUGUUACAUGUAGUUCAUGAUAAAUUUAUGGGCUUUUUUUAUUACCGAUCAAAAAAAAUUAUGUUAUCAUAUAACCCUGUAUUACGAUAUUUGGGUCAAAGCAUCAUUAUAAGUAAAACAAUAGGUAAUAAUUGACCUUUUUAUUGGUGUCAAAAUGACCAGCAGCCAUAGAAUACAUGUUGUAUUACUGAAAAGGAGUUAAUAUUGUGAGAACUUAUGCUCAAUGUAAAUUUAAGAGUUAUCUAUAUUUUGCAAUAAAAAGAUUAGGAGCUGAUCAAAGAAAGUAA